AUGGAUUUUCUCGACCCUGCGCUCGAAGCACUGACACCAAGCAUCAACAACGAUCCAACGGAAAUCGAAAUCUCUACCGCUCCCCAGAAAGCUUCUCAAAAAAGAACUAUAUCUGCACAAGACGUGUUCCCAAGCCAAAGACUAAAAAGAACGCGAAUCCAAGACCGAGAAAAAAGGCUGCCAAGAAACCGAUUCAGGAAGCUCCAAAAGCUUUAA